AUGGCUGAGAUUCAUGAGUACAAUGGCCGGCGAGCAUUGCUCAUUCAAGCGGUCGAUGGAGAUGAGUAUUGGUACUAUUUGGAUGAUCCACAUCGGAAAUCGCAAGCUGCUGGCGAAUAUAUAAGCAGCUCGCAGAAAUGCGCGAAUUCGAAGGGUUUAAUGUGGGACAACCCACCAGGGAUCGCCUACAAUUGGAACGGGAUUCCGAUCAGAACAAACGCCAACGAUGACAUCAAAUCAUACAUUAUUGCUAUUUAUUUAAUAGUU